ACUUUUAAAAGCUCCAUUAAUCGGUUAACCGGUUAGGUUUGGUUGGUUUCCCCAAAUAACCAACACCCCUUCAAUCACCGGCGAUUGAGCGAAGUAAUUCCGAUCCCCUCUGAAAAAAUGUUGAAAAGAAUGGUGAUUUUCGACUUCGAUCGAACAAUAAUUGAUGGAGAUAGCGAUAGAUGGGUUGUAACCCAGAUGGGUCUUACUCCCUUAUUCGAUCAACUUGCUUCCACUUUGCCAUGGAACUCUCUCAUGAAUAAGAUGAUGGAGGAGCUUCAUUUACGAGGGAAAACAAUUCAAGAUAUUGGAGAGUGUUUAAAGCAAAUGCCAUUACACCCGAAGAUUAUUUCAGCGAUUAAAUCUGCUCAUUCUAUGGGAUGUGAAUUGUGGAUAGUAAGUGACGCGAAUCAAUUUUUCAUCAAGACGAUCCUGGAACAAUAUCAGUUGUUUGGGUUCUUCAAAGAAAUAAUAACAAAUCCAACUUCUGUUGACAAUGAUGGAAGGCUUAGGAUUGCGCCGUAUCAUGGUUUUGAAUUAUGUCCUCAUGGGUGUACACUUUGCCCUUCCAACAUGUGCAAGGGAAUGAUUCUCAAGCACAUACAAACUUCUGCUGGUGAAAUUGGAAUAAAGAGUACAGCCAUCUAUAUUGGAGAUGGUGGAGGUGAUUAUUGCCCUAGUUUGAAACUUGGAGAAAAUGAUCAUGUCAUGCCCCGGAAAAAGUUUCCGUUGUGGAAGCACAUUCACGGCAACCCUUCUCUCGUCAAGGCCACCGUCCAUGACUGGAGCAACGGAGAAGAGCUCGAAACUACCCUACUCCGCCUUAUUAGUGCUGCAACUAUUGAAUUACGUCAAAGUAUAUCAUAGCUUAUGACCCUCGAAUAGUAGACAUAUUCAACGGGCUGGGCCGAGCCAAGCUUAAACGGGGCGGCUGGGCCUCGAAUAUUGAUGCUUUGUUUUAUUUUAUUUUUAUUUUUUAUAUAAUCAUCAAAUGUAAAGUAUAACGAGCAAGAUCCAGAAUCAACCUGUUGCAACUAUUGAAGUACGUCUAAGUAUAUAUAGCCCAUGACCCUCGAUUAGACCUGUUCAAUGGGCUUGGUCGGGCCAAGCUUAAAUGGGUCGGGGGCCUUGAAUAUCGAUGUUUUUUUUUCAAUUUUAAUUUUUAUAUAAUCAUCAAAUGUAAAGUAUAACGAGCAAGAUCCAGAAUCAA